AAGAGGUGUUAACGCAGAUUGUUGCUGUCAACAGCGCUGAAGUCUACGGCGACAACAGACGCCACAAAGCCCGUCGGGUGACUCUACAGACGCAUCUGCACAAAUACGGACGCUGGCUGCUGCUCUGUGGAAGUCUGCGUGUGUGUGUAUGUGGGUGUCCGAGACAUCAUUGUGCUAGUUUGUGUGAGUGUGUGCGUGUAGCGCCGUUCCUGCCGUGUGUGUGUGAUGUCUUCGGAGCUGCUGGUGGAUUUGGGUGAAGAGCCUGCGACGGCACAGUUGGAGCAGCUGAAGCUGGCCACGAUAGAGGACCAGCAGUGGCCCGCUGAUGAGACUACACUCUGCAAGUCAGAGACAGACCUCUCCCAGCGCUUCGACGCUGACUCUCCCCACCUGCCCUGGGACCAUCCCUUCUAUGACAUUGCCAGGCACCAGAUUAUUGAAGUGGCAGGUGAUGAUAACUUUGGCAGGAAGGUGAUCGUGUUUAAUGCCUGCAGGAUGCCUCCACACCACCAGCUGGACCAUCACAAGCUUCUGAUGUACCUUAAAGGAACACUGGAUCAGUAUGUGGAAAGUGACUACACUCUGAUCUAUUUCCAUCACGGGCUGACCAGUGAAAACAAACCAUCUCUCAGCUGGCUACGAGACGCGUACAGGGAGUUUGACAGAAAGUACAAGAAGAACAUCAAGGCUCUGUAUAUCGUCCACCCCACCAUGUUCAUCAAGACUCUGCUGAUCCUUUUCAAACCGAUCAUCAGUUUUAAGUUUGGCAGGAAGAUCAACUACGUGAGCUAUCUGAGUGAACUGGAGGACGUGGUGAAGUGUGAGCAACUCAUCAUUCCUGCCCGUGUCAAAGAGUAUGACAACAAGCUGAGAGCGUCAAUAAAGCCGACUGCCCAGCCUCCCACGUCUCCUCUUCACAGCCCUCCGCUCCCGGGCCAGGUGUUUGGGGUGCCGCUCAAACUGCUCAGACAGAGGAGUGACGGUGAUUCAGUUCCUGUGGUGAUGAGGGACACCAUUACCUUCCUGUUAGAGCAAGGUUUGGAGAUCGAGGGGAUUUUCAGACGGUCUGCCAAUGUGACUCUGGUGAAGGACGUCCAGCUCAGAUACAACUCAGGUGAGACGGUGAAUUUCAGAGAGCUGGAAGACGUCCACUUGGCCGCUGUGAUUCUGAAGACGUUCCUGAGGGAACUACCUGAGCCUCUGCUGACCUACCAGCUCUACAAUGACAUUGUCAACUUCACCUCUGUAUCCGGUGACGGCCAGGCGGAAGUCAUGAAGGCACUGGUAGAGUCGCUGCCAGAGGAAAACUACGAUUCACUGCGAUACCUCAUCACAUUCCUGGCACAGGUAUCUGCCAACAGUGAUGUGAAUAAGAUGACCAACAGUAACCUGGCUGUGGUGUUUGGUCCGAACUUGCUCUGGGGGCGGGACAACGCCAUGUCACUCAGCGCCAUUGGGCCAAUCAACAACUUCACCAGAAUCUUGCUGGACCAGCAGCAUCUGGUCUUUACCUAAAUCCCGCCUUUCUCUUCCAGUCAGAAACACCACUGAGACCCCCCCCCCCCCCUUCCCUUACAGCAUUUAGUCCUAGCUCCACCUGCUCCUGGCCUAUCAGGAGCUUCAUCAGGGUACUUCUCCGCCUACAGCACUUAGACAAGACCAUUUCAUCUGCUUUUCCAUUAAAAUUCCAUGCACUUUAAAAAGCUCCUGUGGACCAACUGCAUUUCAUUUAGUCUCCCCUUCAGUCUUUACAUCCUGAUUGGCCCAUCAGGCGUGUCUUGCUGUUACGUAAAGUGGUCUGGACUGCUGCUAGCUUCUGGCCAUGUGACUCCAGGCAUGACGCAGAUGUGGAGGGAGAUGGUACAUACAUUUGACAGGAGCCAAACACCUCUCUAUAAACAAGUUCUAGCACAAAAUCCCACACAAAGUUCACACUGGGUCACUUUGACCUGACUGUGGAGACCAAAGGCGCAGAUUUAACCCCUGUAGAUGGAGGCAGUGUCAAAGCCUUGCCUUUUAUCCAGUCAACAGAGCUACCUGACACAUACUAAUAGUCUAGUAGUAGUUAUAAACAAAAUAAACAGUUGAAAGGUCCACUCCCCAAUUUUGUUAAAGCAUUUUUUUUGUGCCACCAAAUUCUAUGGUUCUCUCACGCUGACGAUAUAUGUUGCCAAACUGUCAAACUUUGCCAAAACUUUGUCUUGAAGCUGAGUAAACCGAACGACAUAUUGACAUAUUCCCACUUAUCGACCAGUACUUUGGGUUUCAUGUCAUGUCUGCGCCACUCAGCUUCUCCCCAUCAGAAAACACAACAGACUGAAUACUGAAGUGAAAUGAAACAACACUUCAGUGCUCUAUAACGUGCCGUAACGUAACCAGGGAGUGAAUCUUUCAGGACGUUAAUAUUUAAUUAAUCACGUUGGUCCCAGUGUAAAAGCAGGGUUAGUCUCACACCUGCCAUUCUGUCACAUAAUACAUUUCUGACUCCUCCACCAUCCCAUCGCACCCAUCCAACCCUUCAAAACUCCAGUCCUAACUGCAUGUGUUUAUAUCUGUAUUUAAGUGUGUCUCAGGCCCCACCUGAACACAGUCUGGCUGUCAUCUUUUAUCUCAAUAGAGAGAUUAAUAGCAGUUAGAUGUCCGCAGUCUUUCUCUGUAUAUCUGUGCUGUGCUGUAGUCUCUCUGCUGUUUUCUAUGUUGUGCCAAAAAAAAGAAAAGAAAAAUGACCUCCAGCUUUCACAGAAAGACCCAGAGAGAGCAGGGUGAUAUUGAAAAAAAAAACAACAACUACAGAUAAGGCAGCAGCGCAUUUACCAAACGUCCCCAAACUAAAGCGAGGAGUGAU